AUGACCGGUAAGUACUGUAUAUAUUAUCAUUGACGGAAAUCUUUUUGUUUCUUCACGCAUGGCGUUUAAGAUCGCAAUAACUUUGGCAACUUCUUUCGUUCCGAUCAGUAGAUGUAAUUUUUCACAGCUGUGAACUCAAUGUGUUUUCAAGAUGUGAUAUAGAUAUAUUCUGAGACAUUUUUGGCCAGUAACUUGGGAUUUGAAUUUUAGCCCAACAACCUGUUCCUCUUUGUCGAGAUAUAGCGUUCAUUAAUUAUGUAAGAAAAAUAACUUGCAUAUGCAUCUCAUUAUUAAAAUCAUUUCAGCAACUUCCUUUAUAUCGGCUCUUGGUUCGCGAGAUUAUUUUUAUUAUUUUUUUUUGGCCGUGGUAUGAUUUCAGAAUCAACUCAGCCGAACGUUUUCUACAAAGAGUGCAUUUCAACGCAAACGCCCAAACCAGCUGUCUGGGGAAAUUGUUUAGUCUGCGGGGAUCGCGGGACCGGGAAACACUACGGAAUCGUGGCCUGCGAGGGUUGCAAGGGAUUUUUCAAACGGAGCGUUAGAAGAAACUUGAGUUACAGCUGUCAAGGAGAUGGUGCCUGUCUAGUAGAUAAAAUGCACAGGAACAGAUGCCAGCGAUGUCGAUUAAAUAAGUGUUUGGCUAUGGGGAUGAGAAAAGAAGGUAAUUUGUGUUCAAGUAACUUUUAAAGUUGGUGUUUUGCUAUUAUGUAACCUAUGCUAAACUAGAACAUUGUAACUUUGAUAGGCUUACCUUGUGAAGUUAGGUUUACCGAUUUUAUCCUAAUUUGUCGCAGACAAGAAGAUGUUUGAAAAACUCAGUAAGCUUGUAAAGCAAAGCGUACUCUACUCUCAGUGCUUUUUACAUUCAGUUGUAGUAUAGUUUGUCGCUGUGACUUGCUGUUGGACAAACUCGUUUAUCGGCUGCUUGCGAGACAUGCUGCAGUGAAUGAAAGUUUUCAGUGCUUGUGUAAUGGGUUAUUAUAACUGUUUAUAAUCCCGAUAUCAAUGAAAGAUGUUUUUUCUUCGGGAAGCUAGUCGUCAUAAGUGGUACAGUAGUUAAAAUAAAGCAGGUUUAUACUCCAGGCGACAAGUCCAAGAGCAAAAUAAUAAGACCUAGCCUUGUUUUUUUGCUUAACGUCUUUGGUUAACGUUGCCGUUUUAAUUUCCACUAACGCGGAAGGAGAAAAAAGAAUGAAAUUUUGAAAGACCUACUUAGCGUUUCCUCGUGCAGAACACGCGAUUUUCUAUGGACCUGCUAAUUAUUGUCUCCCAGAUUAGUAUUACGGAGACAUGUUCUUAAAUGAAGAAGAGAUAUAGUUUGCGUUUCAUUUAUGAAUGAACUAAGAAUGAAAUAAAGUUUCUAAAUUCUUUCUAAAUGAUUGCAACUGAAAAUAUCCACCCCACAUGUUACAUUCGGCCAUAUUUUAAUUGUCACGUGCUGAGCCUCUUGUCGCAAACACUCGUUCCACGCACACGCGAUGUACAGAUCGUAUUAAAAUAUCAUGUGUCAUCAAACAUUUUAAAUAGACAUUACCCGAACAUGUUUUAACUGCCCCUGAAUCUCCUGUACAGAUUCGCGUAUGUUACCCUUUGAAUUAUAUAAUGUGGCAGCCGACAUUUUCGCUUGAUCACUACACAUCUGACUACGAGGGUCAUCGACAUCUUCCGGUAGAGAGUGCUAGAGAACUUUGCCGAUAUUGUCCGCGGAAGUCGAGCGCCCGGCGUGUUUGUGUUUAUCGUAGGCUGCACAGUUCUUGUUUCCGAUGCAUUCGCCUCUGCUGUGAAAAUAUUGUUUCAUGUGGUGUUCGUGACUCGUGUAACAAUGACUACUCAAAGGAACAUUGCACGUGUGGUCGUGAUUAUGUAACACGGUUAUUUACUUAUCUACGUUUCCGUUUUUGCAUAUAUUCUUCGGUGAAAUGUGUACGUAACUUUUCUAGAGCUGAUUCAUCCAUUUGUGAUCGCAAGGUCAAACUUCUAAAGAACGUGUUACAUAACUUGCAACCAGGCAAAAUGGAGCACCUGAUGGCAGAAGCCGUAGUGUGCUUCUCUUGUACUGAUCUUGGUGCCAUUUCGACUGGAAAGUGUUUUUCCUCUUCUAAAACAAAACGUGUAAAGAACGAACGAUGUACAUUUAACCUAACCCGCGCGGCGUGACUCUAAUCAGCCUCUAGGCAUCUACUCGGAAGGAAGUAAUAUGCAAAUCUUACGCCCCACUGAAACUUCAUAAUAUAAUAACAACAUACUACCGCGGAAACAUCGUGUCUCACGUAAAAAUGUGGCUAAACUUAGUGAAUCAUGGACCGGAAGGAUAAAUAGUUUUGACCUGACUAUAGAGCUCUCCCUUUCGAAACUGUAAUUUUUUUCUUUGUGGUCAGCCCGGCCCAGAGAAUAAUCUUCAGAAGCAAUUAAAUUAUGAUUUGAUUACCCUUACGUGCAGGAAACACAAUACGUGCUUAUUUAUGGUCUAUUUCUAUAUACAUAUUUCCGUUUUGUUAAGUCCUUAAACCCACAGAGUAUCUCAAGACCUUGUGACCGCACUCCGGUGCAAAUGGUUAAGUUACCUGGAAGCAAGUUUAGGGGGAAACGAGAAAAACGCCCUCCAUAAACACCGGAACCCACGGCCCCGCCACGAGGUCUUUCUCUUGGGCUGGUUAUGAUAGAUCAAUUUCGAUAUACCAAAAUUCAUACUUGGCUACACGGCUUAGGGGAAUUAAAAAAAAGAAAUUCAUUGCUGAACCUCAAGAUUAAUUAUUCUGUUGUAUUCUUCUAAUCCUCUCAGCUAGCUAAGUAAAAAAAACCCAAUAUAUCGAAAUUGGCCUAUUUUAUCGUAAUUCAUUUUAACCUGUGUCUUUUCUUCUCGCUAUAGCUGUGCAGUGUGAAAGAAAGCCUAUUUCUGCAUGCUCUGAAAAUGUCGCAAAUGAAAACCAUUCGCAAGUUUCGCCGCAACUGUCUUCUUUGAGUCCCGCUGCUUCUGCUUUUUGUCCGGAAAACUCAGAGCGGACAAGUCCUACUCUUCCAUCAACAACUUCAAACUCAUCUCAAGAAGCAGUUUCUGCGUUCCUCUCUGAAGAACAGCGUUACAUCAUCAGCUCAGAACAUCUCCAUUUUAAACUCAAACCUCCGACACUAGGCGUGUCUACAAUAUCCAUGGACUACGUCUAUGAAGUUGCCACGCGACUUCUCUUCCUGACGGUUGACUGGGCACGAAGCAUCCAGGCAUUUCGCAGUCUGGAAUGCGCUGACCAACUCGCUUUACUACAGAGCACAUGGUCGGAUCUUUUUAUGUUGGGCGUUGCGCAGUGUUCUAGUUCCUUUCCGCUGUCUCCAAUGCUUACACUUGCCGCUCUUCAUUUAGAAGAAAGUGAGAACACUGAAGACGAAAAAUCCCACGUUGCAAGGAAAGAAUCGAACAUGGUCGAGAAAUUACUGAUUUUGAAAGAACUGUUAUUCAGUCUUGAAAAGCUUGAUCUGGAUUUAGUGGAGUAUGCGUUACUCAAGGCUAUUGUGCUGUUUAAUUCAGGUAAUUAUCAAGCAUUUGUGUGUUGUUAGAGGUGAAUUUUUGUGGACAGUGCAUGGGCACGAAGUUCUUUCAUUAUUUUGCCUUUCUUCCAAUUCUUACUUUCUUGUGGAAUUCCGACGGUUAAAGUUCAGUCCUUCGCUGAAUGAGUAACGUAUUGCACCCUUGAAUUGCAUGACGUAAAAAGACUUCAACUCAAACCGAUUAAUUAACCGAAAAACUGUGUCCUCACGUCCAGUCUAAGCUUUCUUCAACGACCACUUGCGCUGAAUCCAUAAACUGUAAGUGUUCGUAACUGGUGCUGGUGGACCCCUAGAACUAGGCUCUUUAAAGCGACCUUGUGAGAAACGUAUUGCGAAUGAUUGCUUAUGAGAGCUUUUAGCAAAAAGCUUGGCACAUGUUGUUCAGUUGAUCACCCAUAAAAUCAGCAACAAAGUAAAAUAAAAGAGUUUCUUUUCCUACUUAUCACUUUCAAAGUAGAGUUUUGGUCGUGGUCGCGGUCGCUUAAUGUGUUGGUUGUAUACGGGAGCGGCCGCUUAAGAAAACUUUUCAUUUCAAAGCUUUAGUCACAUUUGUCGCAAAGAGCGCAUUCGCGGUAUGUAUACGAGCAUAGUGUCGAGGUAGACUCAUAAAAUACGUUUUACUUUAAUUGGGCGACGAGUAGUCCCUCAUUUUCUUCGACGUUUUGGGGGCGUGCAAAAUUUGCGAGCACGCGUGGAAAAUAGGGUACUCAGACUCGUGGGCUGUGAGAUUCGCGUUCACGCGUGGAAAGAGAGGUACUUAUUCUCAUAGGCUGUGCUUUUAUACACGGUUUUUCUCUUUCCGUAAAAAGUCGCCCUUUUAAUUGUGCUAGAGUAUUGUCAUUUUAGUCGCGAACUUGGUCAGCUACAAUUACCCUUUAACGUUGGCAGAUCUCUUCAUGUAUGUUCCUUGGCUCCCACAUAGUAUACAGGGCUCAAAGUAAUUUGCGGAGAGUCUUCGGACACCUUGACGGGCCAAAUUCUUUUUAGCUCGGUCACGUAUCGUUUCUGGCCAGUCAAAUUUCGGUCAAGUUUCAGAUAAAAUUUCCGCGAUACACAGCAACUCGGGCUACAUACUGAUACAACUGUAACAACUGAAUAUCAUGGAAAUGUAAAUUUAUUUCGUUUACAAUACGAUCGAAUGUGACCAGUCUACAUGAUCGGGAAAAUGAAAGGUUGACCGGUCAAUUCCCCAAUCAGUCCUGACUUUGUCCGUUGACCGUCCGUAAUUUCGAGCCCUGGUAUAUUUUAAAGACCCUAGAAAGGGAUGGUGGGGGGUGGGGGUGGGGGGAGUUUUAAGACAAAGUAUGUUUUUAGAAGUGAUUUAUCAUUAAUUUGCACGGUCAUUUUUUUCUUUUGUAGAUUGCCCAGUUCUGAAGAAUCCCAAACAAGUUGAGCAGCUACAAGAAAAGGCACACCGUUCUCUCAAGCAUUAUGUUGAGAACAUGCACCCCCGUAAUCCUGAACGAUUUGCAAAAAUCCUGCUUCGCCUGCCAGCCACUCGAAUGCUGACUCAGCGGGCGGCUGAAGAACUGUUCUUUAGUCCUCUGAUUGGUACAGUUAAGAUCGAGAGCAUCAUGAAGAAUAUCAUUUCAAAUUCGUUGUCAUUUUAA